AUGGUAUUGAAAAGGAAAUUAUCAGCUGUGGAAGAGAGCGAUGGUGUAGCCAGUAUCGAAUUGUCCAAUCGAGUCUUCAGUCGUUCAACAAUGACUGAUGUUUUGACGUCAACGCCUAAAAAGCGUAAAUGCUCGGCAGAUUUGAGUGUAAGUGAUAUUAUUUUUUUCUGUUACGUUCUUUAGCCUUUGAUAGGUAAUGUAAAUAAAAUUCUUAUUGUUUUCAACAUUUUUUGUUCUAAUUUCAACUGUUAUAUUGUUAUAAACAUGUUAUUUUUUCUUAAAUCUUAAUUUUUUCAGAGCACAUUCGAUUUCUCAAAUGACUUGUUCUUUGACGAUACGGGGAUUCAGAAGACGUUGAACAAAAGAGCUGCACAAGCGUUUAUGGAUAUGUAUUUGUAUUCGGAAGAAUAUGAAACGCUUGAAGGUGGCAUUGACAUUUCACGGGCCAAACGAUUGUCUGUAAGUUCUUUUGAGUAAUAUCUUGUUGCCUCCUUGCUUUUUUAGUGUUUCCUUGAGGUAGUAUUGUGUAUAUAAGCUGUUUUUAAUUGUUCAUGUUAUUUUGAACUUGUUUAAUUAUUUUUACACGUUUUUAUUAUCAGUAAUAGAAGUUUUCAACGUAUCUUUAUAUUUUAGCUUGUUUCGAAGAAGUUUCGCAAGGAAAUUCAGAAGAUGCACGCUAAGUCGGUAUGGGAGUUGUACUUUGACGAGGAUGGUGUGAUAUUGUUUAGUGAUAUGGGAGGAAUCAUGCGUGAUACGGAGUUCCACAACCUUACCAUAGCUGACAUAUCAUCGUUGCAUCUGUUUUUGCCUAAACAACUGGAAUUUACACUAUCAUUUUCACUGUGGAGUGCUGUUGACUUGAAGCCCAAUGAAAUACAGGAGAUUGGAAGGAUUCUGAAAGGUAAUAUUAAUGGUUUGGAGUUUAUGUUGUUGUAGGUCUUCUUGGGCGUCUAUUUGUUUGACUUAUAAAAUGGUUGUUAGUUAUAUCAUUUUGUAGAUAUUGUAGUAGAUUAUGUAUCUUUUUAAACUUUUUUACCAUUAUUUUUACAGAAAACUUCACCGGCUCUUUUUCCUUUGUCCUUGAAAGUGAUAUGGAUGAAUUUGGUGUUAUGGCAUUGACGAUUCCAAUGUUUCAUACUAUUAAACAACGUGUCAGGACAGUGUUUUGCCAGCCCAACUUUAUCUCUCAUCUAGACGGUUGCUCUUUGCACACGCUGACCUUGAAUUCUUAUGAGAAUAUGUGUAAGUUUUGAAAAUUUUAAUGAUUUCAAUGUUUAUCAAAAUUUUGAUUUUACGACUCAAAAUAGCUUUUACAUUUGUCGCACUCUGCUUUUUUAUAAAAAUUUAAACCUAGUAUAAUGUCGCGAAUCUUUUAGACCUAGAGCCCCUGAAGAACGCGUGUGUUCAUCACUUGGUAUUCAACGAGCAAUACGGCUUCGAGACCUUAUACAGCAUUGACUCUCCUUUAAUAUGUGUCAAGACUGUCUCUUUCGAGUACUGUUACUUUGACGACUAUGUUAUGCCAUUCGAUGAAGUCUUCUCCCAAAUCUGUACCAAAUUCCCGAACCUAAAAGUGCUGAAGAUUGUCGCGUGUGGAGAUCCGGACGUUCACGAUGAUGAAGUGGCAGUCUUGAGGAAGAGCGUUCUCAGACUGACGAGUUUGUUUGGAGUAUUGGCGAUUCAAGCCGCGGAACAUCAUAUAAACGUGUCAAUCAAUGCUACGAUUGAGGUGGUUGAUGAUGAGCACUUGAAAGAGAAGGUGAAGAUCUUUGAAGACUUUUUGGGACCAUUCCAAGAGUGGACUGAAAGUUACUGCUUCCACACCAACGUCAGACACUGCAGAAUGAAUUUGAAGCUGAAGAAGGACCAGUCGGUGCAGCUAGUGUAA